UCAAAGUCACCGGUUGACUCACUGUUGUUGAAGUCUUCCUCAGAUCGAUGACAUAAAAUUUGCAAGAACAACUUGCUCACUAUUCCUCAAGACCGGCGGCGAUAUUCCUUCUUCUCUACUAAGAUUUUCUGAAAUCUGUUAAAUUUAACUAGAAGAGUUGAAAGCAGGUGAACAUAGUAGGCGAAGAUGGCCUCAGUUGCAGUUGAUCAUGUGAUUGGCACAAUAAUGUCUGCUCUUCAAGAGGAAGCAACAUUGUUAGUAGGUAUCAAAGAUGAACUUGAGGAAAUCAGCAAAGAACUUGUAAGCAUGAGAUCUUUUCUACAAGAUGCUGAGAGAAACAAAGUCAUGUCAAAAGGAGAGGAGACAUGGGUUGCAGAGGUGAGGGACACUGCACACCAAAUAGAAGACCUCAUUGAUGAGUACAUGUAUUACAUGUAUCGGAAACAAUAUUCAACAGUCGCCCAUCGAAUUUUUCUUACUCCAAAAUCUCUUUUGGAGAAGCGUAGGAUUGCCUCUAAGCUACAACAGAUCAAUAAAAACAUCAUAGGGAUGGAUGAGAGGAGAAAAAGAUUUGGAAAUGAUCAUGUAGAAGGUUCCAAUGCUCACUGCGAUUUGACAUUAUACCCAAGGGAUUCAGCGGUUUUUAUGAAAGAAGAUGAUGUUGUAGGGUUUGUAGAUGAAAGCCGAUUGUUGAAAACAUGGUUAAUAGAUGGCGAAAAGCAUUUAACUCUCAUUUCAGUGGUUGGAAUGGGAGGAUCUGGUAAGACAACUCUAGUUGCCAAGACCUGCAACAAUGAAACUGCAAAGUCCUAUUUUGAUUGCUAUGCGUGGGUUACUGUCUCUCAGACAUAUGCGAGAGAUGAUUUACUCAGGAAGUUAAUCAAAGAAUGCCAUGAAUCAGGGAAGGCACGAGUUCCUAAUGAUUUGGGUACAAAGGACUUCAAAGACCUCGUAGAAUAUCUUAUUGGUUAUUUGAAGCAUAAAAAAUACCUAGUUAUCUUGGAUGAUGUGUGGGAUAUAAGCUUAUGGGAGAACAUAAAGGCAUCACUUCCAAAUAAUGAGUUUGGAAGUCGGAUUAUAUUUACAACUCGAAAUGAAGAUGUGGGAUCUUUUUCUUCCAAUGUUAGAAGUCACAUGCUUACUAUUAAACCGCUGAAGAAUGAAGAAGCAUGGGAUCUUUUUUGCAAGAAAGCAUUUUUCAGCAAUCCUGAUAAAUCUUGUCCAGAAGAACUUAAACCUCUAGCAUUAGAACUGGUGGGAAAAUGUGAUGGACUACCUCUUGCAAUUGUGGCUUUAGGUGGUGUCAUGUCUUCCAAAAAGUCAACAAGUGAGUGGAGUAGUGUUUGGGACAACUUGAAUUGGCAACUGAACAGUAAUCCAAGGCUAGAAAUAGUCAAGAGCAUUUUGCUACUUAGUUUCAAUUACUUGCCAUCUCCAUUAAAGUAUUGUUUCUUGUAUUGUUGCCUCUUCCCAGAAGACUAUAAAAUUCGACGACAAAGGCUCAUUAGACUAUGGAUAGCGGAAGGAUUUAUUCAGAAUGUUGACAGGACUACACCAAAUGAAGUUGCAGAAAGUUAUUUCAUGGAACUCACACUUCGGAGCAUGCUUCAAGUUGGAAGCAGAAAUGCAUGUGGGAGACCAAGAGCUUGCCAGAUGCAUGAUCUUUUGCGUGAAAUUGGUAUAUCAAUGUUGGAGAGAGAGAAGUUUGGUGUAGUAUAUGAUGGAAAAAUAAAGAUUAAAGAAUGCCAACUUCAUCAAGCUCGUCGCUUGUCUAUUCAAACAACUAAUGGAGACCUUCAGUCAUAUGGCAAUAUGAGACGUCUUCGUUCACUACUUGUAUUUGUGGAUAGUUCUGUGUCUUUCUCGAGCACAUCGUUGCCAAAUUUGAAGUUAAUGAGGUCUUUAGAUUUGGAAAAUGUCGCGAUUAAUAUCUUACCAGAAGGAUUGGGGACUCUAUUGAACUUAAGGUACUUGAACUUGAGAGGAACCCAGGUGCAAAAGCUUCCCAAAUCUAUUGGAAAACUGAGAAACCUUGAGAGUUUAGACAUCACGAAUACAAAAGUAAAAGAACUUCCGAGUGAAGUAGCUGAGUUACAGAACUUGUAUCAUCUGAUUAUGUGGAGCAAGGGGAUUGCAAAUAACUUGGGAGAUUUUUUGUAUCUCAAUGGACUGCAAGUACCAUUUAAAAUUAGCAAAUUGAAGAAAUUGCAAGUCUUGUAUUAUAUUGAAGCCAAAGGUGACAUAAUAAGACAACUUGGGAGUAUGACCCAACUGAGGAGAAUGGGCAUUUCAAAUUUGAGAGAAGCGGAUGAGCAUGACUUGUGCUCUUCAAUCCUGAACUUGAAACUAAUACGCACCUUGCGUCUCUAUGUGAAUAAUGAAGCAGAGUUCCUUCGAAUGGAUGCACUGGAAACACCCCCACCCCAACUUCAAAAGCUUGGUUUGCAUGGGAAACUAGAAAGGGUGCCACAUUGGUUUUGCUCGCUUCAAAACCUAACAUCAUUAGGAUUGCUUGGGUCUAGCUUGGAGGAAGAUCAACUCCCUCAUGUUGCAGCGCUACCCAAUUUGGGACGCGUUACUCUAAUUAAUUCCUUCGUCGGAGAAAAUCUACAUUUCUACAGUGGAUUUGCUAAGCUUAAAGAGUUAUACUUGUUUAAGUUCCGUCAACUGAAAGGAAUUAUUAUAGAGAAGGGGGCUAUGCCAGAUAUCCAGAAAUUGUGGAUUGAUUCCUGCUUUGCGUUGGAUGCAGUGCCUCGAGUAGCAACGACAUCGUUUUGCACAUUUAUUCAUAUAUCUGUUGUUUCAAACGGCGUCGCAUCUGUUCACAAUUGCAUCAGCUUUCUUCGUGUGAGGCUCAAAGUUCACGGCAGCGAAACCUACUCAACGGACUACCGGCGGCGACACCAUUACGCCGUCCGAAAAGCUUCAUGGCAAGAGCUAGAUGAAGUUUCUGAUAUUCUCGGUGAUUCCAUCCACGACAGCGGUGAAAUCCCUUACCAAUACGCGCUAUCGGUGUUUCGCUCCAAUGCCAUAUGGAGGAGAAGGAGAAAGUUUUUACGGGAAUCUUCCAUGUUUCAGGCGGCCGCGAAGGGCCGUAAAGAGAGUUGGUUGGGAAUGCUUCCAGGAACAUGGGCAUAUGUGAGUGCUGGCGCAUUUGGCCGUGCAAUUAUUCAAGAAGAAUCUGAUAUUGGAUUAACUGGAGGGAACAAUUCACUGUUGACUCUUGGGCUGGGUUUAUUGGCGACAGCUUUAGCCGCGUAGUAUGUAACAAGGCUUGCAAAGGAUGCGGUGAAAGAUAUUGAGUAGAAGCAAGAAGAUUGGGUUUAACAAGGCAAGUUAAUGACAAGAUGACUGAAAUUGUAAGUUUACGAGGAUCAUCAUGUAAAUCCAUUUGUAUUAUUUGAUCCAAUCUCAUCCAUCUUUUUUCCUCCCAGUCCCUGUAAAUUAGGGAUUCUUUAGAUUUGCUAUAUAGCUAAAUAAGCAUUAUAGCAAAAUGAGCGCAAUUCUAGUUUUAUAUAUUUAUUUUUUGGAAAAAAAGUAUCUCUACUUAUUUUAUCAGUAUUCUUCUUUUGA